AAGGAACUAGUGAAGAGUGUGCAUCUGUUCUCGCGUUCUUAACCAAAGUUAAUCCCAUUUUCAAGAGAAUAUCAACAAAUUGAUAUUAAAAAUGAGAAGAGGAAUAACAUUGAUUCCAAGAUUAUUCUCCCACUGGUGGGAGACAUUAGAACAAUCACAUCGAUUACUGGACCAGCAGUUUGCCAAAGGAAUAAUGCGACCAGAGCAAUUUUUGACUUCAGUGUUUGAGAGAUCACCAUUCAAAUCAUUUCCAAACAGUUAUUGUCGACCAUGGAUAGAUUGGGAACGAGAAAUAGAAAAUAGUGGAUGGUCGAUAAUAAAAAAUGACAAGCAUCAGUUUCGUGUGGUACUGGAUGUGCAACAAUUCAAACCGGAAGAAGUUAACGUAAAAGUUAUUGACAACUACAUCGUAGUAGAAGGNNNACAUGAAGAACUGGAAGAUGAGCAUGGUCUCAUCUCUAGACAGUUUGUUAGAAAGUAUUUAGUGCCAGAUCAAUGUGAUCCCGAAAAAGCAGCGAGUAGUUUGUCUUCGGAUGGUGUUUUGACGAUAACAGCACCUUUAAGACCAGAAACUAUUGAAAGCAGACAGGGAAAAGAAAUAAAAAUCGAACAAACAGGAAAACCGUCAGAAGACGAACCUCAGAAAAUUAAGCAAAGUCAAUAGAAAUUUCUUACCCAAUA